CUGGCGUGGCCGUCCCCUCCCCCAACCCCGCCGCGGGAGGGGUGCCGGCAGCCGCGGCUGCUCGGGCCGGCGGGGUCGGUCGUCGUCAUGGAAUACCUGUGGGAUGAGAUGACCCUGACCUUCGCCCGCACGUCCAUGUUCCCCUUUUUUGACAUCGCCCACUACCUGGUGUCGGUGAUGGCGCUGAAGCAGCGGCCAGGGGCAGCAGCAGUGGCAUGGAAUAAUCCCCUGUCCAGCUGGUUGAGUGCAAUGCUCCAUUGCUUUGGUGGAGGAAUUUUAUCCUGUAUAAUGCUUGCAGAGCCUCCGUUGAAGUUUCUUACAAACCACACUAAUAUUUUACUGGCUUCUUCAAUCUGGUAUAUUGUAUUUUUUUGCCCUCGUGACCUAGUUUCCCAGGGCUAUUCAUAUCUACCUAUUCAACUUCUGGCUGCGGGAAUGAAGGAAGUGACCAGAACUUGGAAAAUAGUAGGUGGAGUCACACAUGCUAAUAGCUAUUACAGAAAUGGCUGGAUAGUCAUGAUAGCUGUUGGAUGGGCCCGAGGGGCAGGUGGUGUUAUCGUCACAUCUUGUGUAGAAUUGCUAAAAGGAGAUUGGAAACCAGAAGGUGAUGAGUGGCUGAAGUUGUCCUUCCCUUCCAAGGUAACACUGCUGGGGUCAAUCAUCUUCACUUUACAGCACACCAAUCAUCUGGCAAUGUCAAAGCAUGAUCUCAUGUUCCUUUAUACCAUCUUUCUCGUGACCAUAAAGCUAACCAUGAUGAUAACAAAGGACACCACUGUGACUCUUGCUCCCUUUGAGGACACCUUGAACCGGAUGCUGUUUGGCUGGCAGCAGCAGUUUUCACUGAGUGAAAAGAAACUGGAAUCGAAACUGUCUUCCAAUGGCACUGCCUCGUCAGGGUCCAAGGUCACCACAGAGGAUUCGGGCUCUUCGGAGAGGCAUGCCAAGAAAGAAGACUGACAAUUUUAUCUGUGCUUGGGAGGCAAAAAGGGAGAGUUACUUAUUUAUAGGGUGUGGUGGUAUUUCUAUGUAAAUGAUGUGAAAUAAGCCUAUCUGUAAGGAUAGAGGAGACAAAAAGGAAGAAACGCCUUAUUUCAGGGACACCGCUCUGUUAAUUGUUAACUCUUGGAGUCACGAGUGGAUCAUGUGAAUUUAUUUUUCUGGUAUAAGAGAUUCUCCUAAUUACUUGAAUAGUUUUAUAUUGAUAAAAUGAUAAUUUUUCAAAUGUUAGAAAAAGUUCACUUGUUACUGCAAAAUUCUAAGGCUUUAACACUUCUAAAAUUCAGUGGUUUUUUUCACUUUUUGAAUGAUUCUAAUUGUGUUUUAAUUCUGCAGAAUUAAACUUUUACUUCAUAUUUCCAGUAUAAUUCCUGUAUAUAGAAGACAAUUCCUAUUUAAUUUUGAACAUGGAGAACUUUUCCUAAAUAAUUUUUAACUGCAAAUAAACUGAUAGUGUAUAUUUGGUGUAUAAAUUUGUUUUUAUACCUUACCCACAUUAAAAAUACCUGAAAUUUAAUUUAUUUUAGUUUCAAGUAUUAUUUUUCAGUGAGUUAAUUUGAGUCUCAGUUUGAAGUGUUUUUCAUGCUCUUGUUUUAAAAACUACUUUUUCCUCAGAAAAACAGGGUUACAAUCUGUGUGUAUCUUUUUCUUUCUGCAAAACUAGACUCUCUCACUCUGUAGCCCUAGGCUGGCCUCAGAUAUCAUCCUACCUCUGCCUCCCAAGUACUGGGAUUACGGGCACGGGCCACCAUGCCAGGCUAGGGGUGAGGUUUUUGGUUGUUAGUAAUCCUUUGUUUUAUCGUGUGUUUGGAACUGGGUUGUCUCUGUCCUUUCCCCAUGUCAACAAGUGGAGAGAUUUCACGUAUCAAUGUUCCUCCUGAAUCACUUGUUCUGAAUAUGCUGGUGCAUGUCUCAGUGACUCAACAAAAAGUACUAUCACAGCUGAAAACCUCUCCGUCUGUUCCUCUCUUCUAGUGAGCACUGCUUCAGGGCUUCAUUUGACUAUCUCUUGUGAGUUCACAUAUGGGUAUCUUUGUUUAAUAGACAUGCACACGCAUUGUAAGUUCUAUCUUAAAUGAAAACUGCUUUUAUGUGGAAAUGCUCAGCCCUCAUGAGAAUUGCCUUUGCACACGUGAUCUGAACCGUGGAGCCUAGCCUCACGUAGACUGCUUGAGUGUGGCCAUACAACAUUAAAUCUGGUUUCUCGUUGACAAAAUAAAAAUCAAACAAGGAAAUGUACUGCAUGAUAGAUUUAUUUGCUUUAUUUGGUGUUAAAAGUCUUGUUAUAACUUUACAAUUCUGUGGUAUGACUUUAUACCAAGAAUAGGAACCUGCCACCUAUAUUAGAAAUUUCUGGUUGGCUGAGAAGCACUUAAAUGACAUUCAAGAUGUAAAAUUUUCCUUUUAAUCUUUAACAAAUAUGCACAUUGGCAGGUUUUAUACUUUUUCUGCUAAAAAAAGGAUUGGGGUGGGACACUUUUGAUAACCUUAGUAUUAGAAAAUGCUUAUUUUUAACAUUGUGACGGAAAGCACUAAAUUGAAUUCUGUAUUAUAUAUUUGAUAAUCUGUAGUCAAAAACUUUGCCAAAUGAACAUGUUAUUAUUGGUCAGUUCUGAAGUUUGAAUUUAGCUGUAGUUACAGUAGAAUCUUGUUUUACAUUUGUGUUAAAAACAAAUUCAUUAAAAUAAGUACGUUAGCACUAGA